AUGAAACUACAUUUGUCUUCGUAUUUUUGGAUACUGAUAACAAUAUUGGGUCUGAUACAGACUUUUAGACUUAAUUUUGUUUCUACUAGAGAUUUACGACAAGCAAAUGAAAAAGAUAAUUGGUUUCUUAAACAAAAACAAGACACCAUUCCAGCUAAACUUGUACAUGCCGGAUUAAGGAACGCUACACAAAUGGGUGAUUCAGCCGCCAACAUUUUUUACUUCAUUCAAGUAUCCGACUUACACAUAUCGAAAUUUCAACCCAAAGGCCACACUAUUCACUUUUUGCAUUUUCUUCAGUCUACCUUACCCGUUAUCAAGCCUGAAUUUGUAGUAGUUACAGGCGAUCUAGUUGAUGCAAAAGAUCAAACACGUACAGUCUCCGCUCAACACCCUGAAGAAUGGCAAGUUUAUAAGUCUGCAGUAGAGCAAGGCGCCAAUACCACCAAGUGGUACGAUAUGAGAGGUAACCAUGACUGCUUCGACUUAGUUGACUGGCAAGCCGAAAACAAUAUGUAUAAAACUUUUGGUGAAAGCGCAAAGUUGUUGGAUGAUGGAAAGGGUGUAUAUAGUUGGCAAGUUUCUAAAUCAUUCGGAGAGUACAAUUUUGUUGUUGUCGACUCCUGUCCUAAAAAAGGCCCCUCGAGACCUUUCAAUUUCUUUGGCUAUCUAACGACUAAUACAAUGAAUAGACUCGUCUCGAAGAUCAUGUCAAAUAGUUACAAUCAUACUUUUCUGUUUUCUCAUUACCCAACCACUACAAUGCUGACUGGAAAAUCGACUGAAGGAUAUACUUUUGGGGAUUUAGCUAACCAUUUCAGUAUAUAUUUUUGCGGGCAUCUUCAUAGAUUAACAGCAGGACUUGGCGAUGUCCUCAAAUCUUACAGUAAAAGUACAGAUUCUCUGGAAUUAGAAUUGUCAGAUAUGAAAGAUCACGGCUCCUAUCGUAUCAUUGCUGUUGACCAUGACAUGAUUUCUUUCGUUGAUAUCGACCUACCUAUCGACGAAAUCCCACCAGCUCUCGCAGAAGAGACUAUACCUCUUACAGAAACAAACAAAAUUGUUUGGCCCAAAAAAAUCAAACCCGCACCUGUUAUUUUAAUCACCAACCCCAAAGACUCGCGGUUCACCAUGCCUUCCAAAGAGCCGCUGCAAAAUGUUCGUAAAAGCAGCCAUAUUCGAUUUUUAGUCUUCACUGAGUAUGAACCUACAGAGCUGCGUAUUAAAGUAUUUAUGGAUGAUAAACAUCAUCCAUUUCCUGCAAAGUUUGUUGGUAGUAUGAAGGAUAACAUGCCUCUUUGGACAACACUUUGGGAACCCAAUGAUUUUGAUGAUUACAGCACCCACACAUUACGUAUCGAGGUUACUAGUCCUGAUGGACAGACAGGUACUAGCCAAGUACCAUUUAGAAUGGAUAACAUGAGAAUGAAGAUCCAAGGUGGCGUCGGUGAAUGGGUCAUUUGGUCAAAUAUGGCAAAAUUGGUAAGUGACGAAAAAAAAAAAUGA